AUGAAGCACUCGUUCCUCUCCCUGGUUCUUCUUUCUGUCUAUGUAGCCGGCGCCCCCGUUGCUUCCCACCAUCGCCACCACCACCACCAUCACCACCGACAUCUGCAGUCCUAUGCCGUAGUCGAUGGAAGCCCGCGCGGCCCUGGAGCUCACGUGGAUGGCGCAGGAGUUUAUGCGUCCACGAAGGACGAGCUUGCAGCUGAACUAGACGCAGCAGGGUUAAGUUACCUCACCCCACAAAUCAAGGCUGGCUUAGCCGCCGAUGCAGGCGUUCGCGCAGGGCUAGGCGCAGGCGUUGACGCGCGCUUGCGAGCAGGCUUAGCGGCAGGAGCGAAACUAGGCCUCGGAUUGGGACUCAAUACGAACGUUGCUACUGGUUUAGGUGCUGGUGUUGGCUCAGUUGUCCACGGAGUUGGUGCUGGUGUCCAUGGACUCCUCGACGGUGUUGCUGACGGUGUUGCUGGUUUGGGUGCCGGUUUGGAUGCUGGAUUAGCAACCGAUGCGCGGCUCGGGCUCGGGCUCGGGCUUGGGCUUGACGCAGACGUCGACGCUGAUUUAGGGGCUAAGGCAGGGCUCGGAGCCGGGGUUGGGUUGGGUGUAAAAGCUGGUGCUGGUGCCGGAGCGGGAGUGGGACUUGGAGCCGGUGCUGGUGUAGGAGGGAAGGCUGGGUUAGGUAUUGGUGCUGGGGUAGGAGCAGGUACUCGCCUCGGUGCUGGUGCUGGGUUGGGAGCUGGCACAGAUCUUGGAUUGGGACUCGGAGCCAAGGGACGGUUGGGUGCAGGCAUAGGUGCAGGCAUAGGUGCUGGCGUAGGUGCUGGAUUAGGAGCGGGAACACAACUUGGCGCGGACAUUGGGCUAAAAGGGAAAGCAGGACUAGGGCUCAAAACAGGCCUUGGUUUGGGGUUGGGAUUGGGCGCUGAUGCUCGAACACGUCUUGGCGCAGGCGUCGGAGCGGGAUUAGGUGCAGGAGCGAGCUUGGCUGCAGGUACUCGCGUCGCUACGCAGGCGGGCGCCAACGUAGACACAGGUCUCGGUUUGGGACUGGGAGCGAAAGCUGGACCAGGCGCCAAUGCGGGACUCGGUGCAAGCACAGGCGCCGCCACAACCACCCGUCUUGGAGCUGGAUUGGAAUCGAAGGUUGGACUGGGUGCUGGCGCUCGCGUUGCUACAAAAGCAGAUAUCGACGCAGACACUGCUCUCGGACUCGGACUCGGACUUGGACUCGGAGCAAAGGCUGGGUUAGAUGCUGGUGCCCGUGCCGGCGCUGGUCUUGGAGCAGGACUGGGAACGAACGCGGGCCUGGCCACGAGUGCUCAUGUCGCCGCAAAAUCAGGCGCCGGCGCAGAUGCAAAUCUCGGGCUAGGCUUGGGUCUGGGAGCCAAAGCCGGAGUCGGUGCAAAAGCAGGUCUUGGUGCAGGUGUAGGCGCAAACACUCGUCUUGGGGCUGGAUUGGGAGCAAAUGCUGGUAUUGGUGCUGGUGCCCGAGUUGCAGCAGCAGCAGAUGCGGACGCAGACGCAGAUCUUGGGUUAGGACUGGGUUUGGGACUUGGAUUGGGAGCAAAAGCCAGAUUAGGCGCCGGCGCCGGUGUUGGCACUGGCGUUGGUCUUGGAACUGGAUUAGGGACAGCGCUCGGGCUUGGACUUGGACUCGGCGUAGAUGCAGAUGUUGAUGCGGAUUUGCGGGGUAAGAUUGGGUUGGGAGCAAAAGCCGGUGUGGGUGCGAGUGCGGAUGCGAAACUGGGAGCAAAAGCUGGACUGGGUGCUGGAGCAAGGGUUGCUGCAGCCGCUGUAGCAUCCGCAGCACCAUCGCUAUCCACAUCGACCGCGAUUCUUCCCCCUUCCACGUCUACUACUUUGACGCCCACCACUCUUUCAACGAUUGAAACAGCUGCAGCAGCAACACCGUCAACACUCACCGCAUCUGCUGAUGCAUCCAUUCCUUCUACGACUUCUAUAGCUGUACUAUCGGAUGCCGUCUCAUCGUCAUCAGUUGCCCCCGUCACCAUUUCAACCACAGCGACGCCUUCUUCUACCUCGGAGCCAACUCCAUUGGCGACAGGGACAACUACGAACGCAGUAGCAUCCUUGCUAGCUGCGUCAUCUACUCCGCCUCUUUCUGCCACCGCUGUGGAGACACCCCUAGAAGGUGACGACCCAGCGAUCAUCACAGUGACGAGCCAUACAACCACCACCAUCGUCCAUCCCACGAGCACCGUCGCUGCCCCUUCCACCACCACUCCUAACAACACACCCGUCGUUGCGCCAGCAGUCCCAGCGCCAGCAGGCGUAUACCCCACCCCCCUCGGAGACUCAGGUGCUGUGCAAACAGCCUAA